AUGUCUGACGAAGAGAAACACCAAUUCAAACACGAUGAUUAUAACUUUCCGCCAGGAACAGUACAUCUUGUGGAUAUGCAAUCUACUUUAAAUGUGAAGAAAGGCGAUGGUGAUAUCAUUUUGCAUCCACAACCAUCAUCUAAUGUCAAUGACCCAUUAAGAUGGUCGAAGACCAAAAGAAACUUGCAGUUUGCAUUACUUUGGUUCUGGUCUUUUAUGUUGGCUCUCAAUAUGAAUUUCAUGACACCGUUGUUUUCUGACUGGGUAGUGGAAUUCAAAACCACGUUUUUUGAGUUAGGUGUUGCUAUCGCUCUUGGGUAUUUGGGAUUGGGAGUCGGUGUAUUAUUUAUUCAGCCAACUGCAUUAAAAUUGGGAAAGGUUUUCGUUUAUCGAUUGGGAACGAUUCUCGCCAUUAUUACAUGCAUUUUUGGCUCCCAAUCCAAGAAUGUCGGCUACUUUCACGCUUUUAGAAUAUUGGCUGGUUUGGCUGCAUCUCCUGUAGACACUUUGGUGGAAAUUUCAGCAAACGAUUUGUUUUUUCAACAUGAGAGGUCUACUGCAUUUAGUUCAUUAAUCUUGGCCUUAUAUGGGGGAACAGAUUUGGGUCCCGUUGCAGCUGGUUAUAUUUCAGAUAGUAUGGAUUGGAGUUGGUGCUACUACAUUCUAAUUAUUAUAUUCGUACCAUUGUUGAUACUUCAAAUCUUUUGGAUGGAAGAAACUACAUUCAGACGGUCUACGAAUGAAGAGGAGGAAUUAGAAGAUGAGAUUAUUGCUCAAAUCAAAUCACAUGAAACUGGAAUUUCUGCAAAUUCCCCCACUAACAAAGUAAAAGACACCAUUGAUGUUGUUGUUGAGUCCAAACCUGAAGACGAGGAUCAAGUUAAGUUGACCUACUGGCAAAAGCGCAAAUUGUAUCACACAGAGCAAAAUGACACAAGAUCUUGGAUGUGCAUCUUCUUGAGACCUUUGUACCUACUAACAUUUCCAGCUAUUGUUUGGAGUGGUAUGAUUUACGGUUUUCAAAUGUUUUGGUUGUCAUUAACUGUGAAUACACAAUCAGCAAUAUUCUCAGCUCCCCCGUACAAUUUCAGUAUCAAUAAUGUUGGAUUGACAACAUUGGGGCUCUUUGUGGGCAGUGUGAUUGGAAUGUUUUAUGGAGGACAGUUUGUGGACUGGUUUGCAAUCAGAAUGGCUAGACGUAAUAAUGGUAUCAUGGAGCCAGAGCACAGAUUACACACUAUGCUUAUUCCUACUAUCUUGAAUGCAGCCGGAAUUUUGGCAUAUGGAUUGGGCGCUUACUACGGUAGUCACUGGGCAAUACUUGUUGUACUUGGGCUCGGUUUCAUGGGUUUUGCAAUGAGUUCAUCGGGUGCAAUUUGCUUGGUUUAUGCUGUGGAGUGUUAUGAAAAGUUGGCAAGUGAAAGUCUUGUGUUGAUCUUAUUUAUUAGAAACAUGAUUGGUAUGGGGUUUUCCUUUGCCAUUUCCCCUUGGAUAGAUGCACAAGGAAUGAUGAAAACCACUUUUACCAUGUUUGCACUUUCAGUAGCAGUUAAUGCAACGUAUCUUAUUAUGAUUUGGAAGGGAAAGGCUAUCAGGCGUUGGUCUAAAGCUCGGUAUGAAAGAGUAAGUGUUCCGUCUUACGGGGACAUUUUCAAGAAAAAUAAGUGA